AUGUCUCCGACAGAGUUUGUCCAUAGCGACUAUACCGUGGGAUGGGUCUGCGCCCUGCCAAAGGAGCAGACUGCAGCCACGGCCAUGCUGGAUCACAUACACCCAGACCUGCCCAAGCCACCCACUGACCAUAACACUUACACCCUGGGAUCGGUCGAGAACCAUAACGUGGUCAUCGCCUGUCUGCCAAAAGGCAAGUACGGCACCAACUCAGCAGCGACUGUCGCCACCAGGAUGCUCGACACCUUUCCCUCUAUCAAGUUCGGACUCAUGGUUGGCAUAGGCGGUGGCAUCCCUCCAAAUGUUCGGCUGGGCGACGUUGUGGUUAGCACUCCAAUCGGUCAGUACCCCGGAGUCGUGCAGUGGGAUUUCGGCAAGGCAGAGAAGGGCGGACACUUUGAGAGGGUCGGCGCGCUCAACAAUCCGCCAAGUGCGCUCCUAACGGCGUUGUCCAAGCUGGAGACGGCGCAUGAUAUGAAGGGGUCUCAGAUACCGCGAUAUCUGGACGAGAUGGGAGCCAAGUGGCCUGAACUAGUGCCCAAAUAUAUCAAGUCUGAUUCCUUCAAAGACCCCCUACUCUCGUCAAUGGGCCUCCGAGACGAUCGGGAUGGAUGGUGGGCCUUGCUCUCUAUAAUAUGGGCUGCGAUUGUAGACCUUGUCAAGCGUCUUCUGGGAUGGCAGGCAUUUGCUCCCAAUCGCCCCGCGGUCGAGAACAGCGCCGCUGAUGGGGGAGGGCAGAAGGCGCCCAGAGGGAGGAAGGUCCAUUACGGGCUGAUUGCUUCCGGAAACCAGGUUAUCAAGGACGCAGUCUUCCGCGAUAAUCUCAACUGCCAGCUUGGUGGCAACGUGCUGUGCCUAGAGAUGGAGGCAGCAGGGCUUGCCAACGACUUUCCAUGCAUCGUUAUCCGAGGUAUCUGCGACUACGCCGACUCGGGAAAGAACAAGGAGUGGCAGGAGCACGCAGCUGCCGUAGCCGCGGCGUUUGCCAAAGAUCUCCUAUCGGUGGUGCCGGCCCAGGAGGUCAGCCAGAUGUCUAAUGCCAAAAGGAUUGAUACUAAAUUGGAUGAAGUGUCGAAAAACGUUGCAGACCUCCGUUGUAUACAGCGCAACCAAGAGCAUCAGGCAAUUCUAGAUUGGCUUACACCUAUCGAGUAUGCCCCGAAACAGAAUGACAAUCUUCGGAGUCGCGAGCCUGGGACGGGACAAUGGCUCUUGGACUCCAAGGAGUACCAGGCCUGGCUCAAGACCAGCAAGCAGACGUUGUUCUGCCCGGGCAUCCCUGGCGCGGGCAAGACCAUCCUUACGUCAGUUGUGAUUGAUGACCUCGGCAGAAGAUGUGACAGAGACAGCACGAUUGGAAUAGCCUACAUGUAUUGUAAUUUUCGAGAGCAAGACAAUCAUAGGAUUGAUAAUGUGCUGGCGAGUCUUUUGAAACAGCUGGCGGAACGACGGCCCUCCCUCCCAGAAGUCAUCAAAGAUCUCUAUGACCGCCACAAGCCUAAAAAGACGCGGCCGCUUGUCGAAGAGAUCUCGAGGACUCUGCAAUCUCUAGCAAACACAUAUCUCCGAGUCUACUUUAUCGUCGACGCGUUGGAUGAAUGCCAGGAAUCUGACGGUAGCAGGGCAGAGCUCUUGAAGAAGCUAUUUGCGCUCCAGGGGAGCUGCAGCGCAAACCUCUUCAUGACGUCGAGAAUGAUACCCGACAUUCAAGAGAGUUUCAAAGAGAGUUUCCUGGAAUUGGAGAUUCGCGCCUCUAAUGAGGACGUGGGCAGAUAUAUCGACAGCCGCAUCGACUCUCUGUCCAAGCUGGUUCGAAGCGACCUACAGCUGCGCGAAGAUAUCAAAGCCGAAGUAACAAAAGCAGUCAGCGGGAUGUUUCUCCUCGCGGAGCUUCACUUGAACUCCUUGAAGGGCUGUUAUACGGCCACAAAGGUCCGAAGGGCGUUAAAGGCGCUGCCGACUGGAUCGACCGCGUACGACGAGACAUACGAGGCUGCAAUGGAGCGUAUCGGAAGCCAGACGAACACGAAAGGGUUUGCGGCAAGCGUCCUGGCGUGGAUCACCCUCGCGAGGCGGCCAUUCAAAACGUCCGAGCUCCGGCAUGCGCUCGCUGUGGAGGUCGGCGAGGCCGAAUUUGACCAGGGGAACCUCCCCCAUAUCGACGACGUAGUCGCCGUGUGUGCCGGGUUAGUCGUUGUAGAUAAGGAAAGCGACAUCGUCCGGCUAGUGCACUACACGACGCAGCAAUACUUUGAGCGGACGCAGAGAGACUGGUUCCCCAGUGCAGAGGCCGACAUCACAGCCGCCUGCGUCACGUAUCUCUCGUACGAGACUUUUAAGAGCGGAGGCUUCUGGACACAGACGGAGCUUGAACAGAGGCUGUCGUUGCAUAAAUUCUACGACUACGCUGCGAAUAAUUGGGGCCAUCAUGCUCGUACAUCUCUAAGCACAAGCCAGCAACUGAUAGAGUUUCUAGAGAGUAAUGAGCAGGCUGAGGCAGCUGCCCACGCCUUGAUGGUCAUGACUGAGUCCUGGGACUACAAAAUUGCUCCACGAAUGAAGGGCCUUCACCUAGCGGCUUACUUUGGAAUAGCUGAAGCAAUAGGCGCUCUACUCGGGCAUGUGAAGUAUAGCGACAUAAAGGACAGCUACGGCUGGACUCCACUAGCAUGGGCUGCAAUGAAGAAGCAUGACGCAGUUAUCAAGUUGCUUCUUGAGAACGGCGCCGACGCAGAUUCGAUGGAUGCGAAUGACAGGACCCCGUUGUCACUGGCGGCCGAAAAGGGGCACGAGGCUAUUGUCGGCCUCCUGUUGGCAACGGAAAGGGUCAAUGUCGAUUCGAAGGAUAAAAUGGGCAACACGCCACUACUUUAUGCCGCUGAGAAUGACCACGGUGCUGUUGUCAAUCUGUUACUUACUACUGGCAAGGUUGACAUAUAUUCAGAAAGCUUCAACACUUCUAGGACACCAGCGUGGGUGGCCGUGGAAUUGGGGCACACGGAAGUUGUCAAGCAGUUCCUCAGCAUAGGUAAAUUUGACGUCAACUCAAAGAGGGGAAUUGGCAGCACACCCUUGAUUCAUGCCGUUACAGGGAGGCAUGAAAAUCUUGUCAAGAUGUUGCUGGCCACAGACAAGAUCCGCGUCGACAUGAGAGAUAAAUUCGACCAGACGCCGUUGUCGUAUGCAGCCAAGGACGGGCUCGAAGCCAUAGCCAAGCUGCUGAUUAACAUCGGUAAAGCCGACGUCAACCUGAAAGACGUAAUCAACCGGACUCCGUUGCUGCUGGCUACUGAGAAUAGAGACGAGAGAAUGGUCGAGCUGCUGCUAAGCUCGGGCCAAACCCCUGUUGACGUGAAAAGCAAUACAGAAACAACGCCACUUCAUUGUGCCGCCUACGACGGCUCCGAGGAAAUCGUCAGGUUGUUGCUGGCCACAGGCAAGUCUGGCAUUAACAUUUUAGAUGGAUACAAUCGCUCUCCGCUACUGAUAGCUGCGGAUCAUGGACACGAAUCCAUUGUCAGACUCCUGCUGGCGACGGGACAGGCUGACGUCGACGCUAAAGAUUCUUCGGGGAGGACGCCUCUGCUAUGUGCCACCCAGGGCUGGCAUAAGGCCAUCGUCAGAUUGCUUCUCGAGCAUGGCGCUGAUAGCAAUACGGUAGAUAGAUAUGGCAAAUCACCGCUAUCGAUGGCCGGCUCGAACGAAGCUAUCGCCAAGAUGCUGCAGGCUGCAGCCGCCAAGAGGGACAAUCUUGGGCAGACCCUGGCGCCGUUUCCUGCCGAGAGAGGCCACGAUGCGGUCGUUCAGCUAGUACUCAAGAGCAAGGGGUGUGUUGAAUCGAAUGUCAACAGCAGCCACAUGCUACCUUCAUGGGCCACCGAGUACGACGAGAUGGUCAAGCUGCAGCUUGCAACAGGCAGGUUUGACAUGGACGCGAAGGACCAAGAUGGCUCAACACUGCUCUUGUAUUCCUCCAAGCAUGGACAUGAGGGUGUCGUUAAGCUGCUCCUUGCUACAAGUGUGGUUGAUAUCAACAUGACGAAUAAUUCUGGCCAGACGCCACUAUCGUGUGCCGUUGAGAGCGGAUACGAGCCCAUUGUCAGGCUACUUAUCGCAACCGGCAAGACCAACCGCUUCUCUGGCUUCUCGCCGGAGACGUAUGCGGCUCUAUUGCAGCACAAGGCUAUGAGCAACCUAUUCCUCACCGCAUUCGAUGGCAAUGCCAACGCGGAAGCCAGGAGUGGAUCGAUGCUACUGAAUAUUGCCGAGUACGAGGCCAUGUUCAGGCUGUUGAUAGCCACAGGAAACUUCGACAUUCAUAUGACGAACUCGGGCAUAACGCUGUUGUGGCUAGCUGCCAGGAAUGGCCACGAGUCCCUCCUUAAGUUGCUUCUCGAUACAGGUAGGGCUGACAUAAACCGGAGAUAUAUGUCUGGCCUAACACUGUUAUGCAUAGCCGCCAUAAAGGGGCAUGAGAACAUUGUCAAUCUAUUGCUCAGCACAGGAGAGGUCGAUAUAAACUUAAGAGAUGAUUCGGGGAAAACGCCGUUACACUGGGCAGCUACGGUUGGCCAUCUAGGUGUUGUAGAUCUACUUCUAGCUACAGACAAGGCUGAUAUUGAUGCAAGGGAUAAUACGGGCAACACCGCGAUAUCGAUAGCCAGAACAAGCGGUUAUCAAGCAGUUGUAAGCAUGUUGCUAGGGACAGGUGGAAUAAUUGUAGAUGAAUAG